AUGGCUGCAAUUGUGUGCCAUGGGCAAUCAUCCCUUGACUCUCAUCACCACCUAAUACACACCCACAGGCUUAGGAAGCCUCCACUCACUCCUUCUCAUCAUUUAUCUUACUUGGAACAAACCCCAAACCAUCACAAAACUACACCACAAAACGACACUAGUGUUAUUAGUUACUCCAAGUCGUGUGAGGGUGGUUGGGGCAUCGUUCCAUCUUCCCUUUCGAAAGAAGAGAAAGAAACAGCGCCAUAUGUCCAUCCUCAGGUGAAGCUUUCGUCUGUUCGAAUGAGCCCCAAGAGUUUGGAGCUCUGCACUGAGAACCUGGGGAAUGAGAGUGGCACGGACAUCAUGGGGGACAGUGGCAUUCACAUCUUUACCUCCUCGGACCAAAGUACUUGUACAUCAUCAACUCAAUGUUUCGGAGGCCAUAAGAAGAAGAUGAAGAAGAAGAAGAUAGCAAAAACAAAGAGCUUCCCACCUCCUUUGACAACCAUGAGGGGUUCGGAGUCUAUACAAGUAAGGCCCCACAGAGAAGGUGGCAGUUAUUGGACUAAUCUGAACUGCAACGAUAAUCCAAAGCCGAAUAAUCGAGUUGUAGCUGUUCCGAUGGGGGAAUCAGAGAUCGGAUUCAGAACAGUUAUUAUCAUAAAUUGA